ACCUUCCUCCCCCCCUCCUUUUCCUCCUUCUUCCUUUCUGCUCUCUGCAACAUCACCAUUCCAAAAGCCCUCUCUCUCUCUCUCUCUCUCUCUCUCUUCUUUCUCUCUCUACCUGGUGGAUUCGCCGCGAGCUGAGGAGCAGAGAGUUUUUGGGAGCCAGCAAAAAUGUCGAGGAAGGGUUUGAUGGAGCAGGACCUGAGUAAAUUGGAUGUGACGACGUUAACUCCACUCUCUCCUGAAGUCAUAUCCCGCCAAGCCACGAUUAACAUUGGCACGAUCGGCCAUGUGGCGCAUGGAAAGUCGACAGUGGUUAAAGCUAUAUCUGGCGUCCAGACUGUUCGUUUCAAAAACGAAUUAGAGCGAAACAUCACCAUUAAGCUUGGAUAUGCCAAUGCAAAGAUUUACAAAUGUGAAGAUGAACGAUGUCCUAGGCCUAUGUGCUACAAAGCUUAUGGAAGUGGAAAAGAAGAUACUCCUGCGUGUGAUGUACCUGGGUUUGAAAAUUGCCGAAUGAAGCUCCUCAGACAUGUGUCCUUUGUUGAUUGUCCUGGUCACGAUAUUCUCAUGGCUACUAUGCUUAAUGGAGCAGCUAUUAUGGAUGGUGCAUUGCUGCUCAUUGCUGCAAAUGAGAGCUGCCCCCAACCUCAAACUUCUGAACACCUGGCUGCUGUUGAAAUUAUGCGCCUCCAACAUAUUAUAAUCUUGCAAAACAAGAUUGAUCUUAUACAGGAAAAUGUAGCUAUCAACCAGCAUGAAGCAAUUCAGAAAUUUAUUCAGGGAACUGUAGCUGAUGGUGCACCAGUUGUCCCAAUAUCUGCCCAGCUAAAGUACAACAUUGAUGUUGUUUGUGAGUACAUUGUGAAAAAGAUUCCCAUUCCAGAGAGGAACUUUAUUGAUCCACCAAAUAUGAUUGUGAUUCGAUCUUUCGAUGUCAAUAAGCCUGGUUUUGAGGUUGAUGAGAUAAGAGGCGGCGUGGCUGGUGGAAGUAUUCUCAGAGGUGUUUUGAAAGUAAAUCAGAUGAUUGAAGUUCGUCCAGGAAUUGUUGUUAAAGAUGCAAAUGGUACUAUUCGUUGUACACCAAUAUACUCCAGAAUAGUAUCCCUGUUUGCGGAGCAGAAUGAACUCCAGUUUGCUGUGCCUGGAGGUCUCAUUGGAGUUGGUACUACCAUGGACCCUACCUUGACCAGAGCUGAUAGAUUGGUGGGUCAGGUUCUUGGGGAGGUUGGAUCCCUCCCCGAGAUCUAUGUUGAGCUCGAGGUGAAUUUCUUCCUUCUGCGACGACUUCUAGGUGUCAGGACAAUAGGAUCAGAGAGGCAAGGAAAGGUGUCAAAGUUGACCAAGGGAGAGAUCCUCAUGUUGAACAUCGGCUCAAUGUCCACCGGCGCUCGUGUCAUUGCCGUGAAGAAUGAUUUGGCCAAGCUGCAGCUCACUUCUCCAGUGUGCACAAGCAAAGGCGAGAAGAUUGCCCUCAGUCGGCGAGUCGAAAGCCACUGGCGUCUGAUUGGAUGGGGCCAGAUCCAGGCUGGAAUGAUACUUGAGGUCCCGCCAGUACAAUCGUGAGUGAAUUGUUACAUAAAAAGAUUUGAAAAGCGAGAGAAAGACGGAGAUUUGUGAAAGAUUCAUUGAAGAGUUACAAAGAUGUGGGAAGGCAGAGAAUUGAUGGGUACGAUUUUUGUCAGAUGGAGAAGAAAACAUUUAGCUUGGACUCCUUAUUGCUUUUGUUGUGUGAUUCUUUUUUGCUCUGUUCGGAAUCAUGUGAUUUUUGUGACAGUCCCCUGUUGAGAUGGGGGUCAAAUAUACACUCCCGUUUGGGCGAAUGUGGCCGAUUCUUUCAUAAAAAGUACACUCAAUGAGAGACUCAAAAGUCAUACGUUCAUUGAGA